CGUGAACGCAGCAUCAGCAGCUUUGCGACGUUAAAAGCAUCCGCAGCUUUGACGGGACUGGGAGUUAAAUAACCUCUAAAUUACGGAACGUGGGUUGCCAGGUUGGGCCGGUUCCAGCCCAGUCGGAGAGAGAGAUGCCGCUUUUCUUCCGGAGGAGAAAACCCAGCGAGGAAUCGCAGAAGAAACUGGAAUAUCAGCUGUGGAGGUCGAAGGAAGUGGGAGCUGAUGAAAUCCUGGACGUUUCCGGCUGUGAACUUUCGGAGGUCCCGUCAGGCGCCUUCUCCAUCUGCAAGGUGUUACAGAAGAAGGUUUUAAUUCUCCACAACAACGAGCUGAAAUACCUACUGCCCAAAGGAAGUGACAUCAGCGCUCUGGCCACAUUAAAGGUUCUGGAUCUGCACGAGAACCAGCUGACGUUUCUCCCCGACGACAUCGGGAACCUGCGGUCCCUGCAGAUUCUCAACGUGGAGAAAAACCGACUGAAGAAAGUUCCAGAAUCCACCGGGAAACUGCGGCUGCUGCAAACGCUCAACCUGAAGGGGAACUGCCUGGACUCGCUGCCGUCCUCCCUCGGUUCCCUCAGCAGCCUCCGCUCGCUGGACGUUAGCGACAACGACAUCGCCGAGCUUCCCCGAGAGCUCGGCCACAUCCGCACCUUAGAGAGCGUUAGCCUGGACGCCGCUAGCAUGUCGUUCCCCCCCGCGGCCGUUUGCAGCGAAGGAACCAAGAGCAUCCAGCAGUUCCUGUGCUCCGUUCUAGGUACAGAGUACUUCCCUCCCUCCCAGUACCUUCUCCCAGUACUAGAGACGGAUUGUGGAAGUUGCAGUUCCGACACGACGGACGGUUCCGAGGAGACCUGGCAGAACAAGUUCAGUGACUACGAGAAACGGAAGGAGCAGAAACAGGCGGAGAAGAUUCUGUUUGAGCAGCAACUGGAGCAGAAACAGAAGGAGCAGCAGUUUCUGCUGCUGAACAACAACCACAAGGAGGACAUGCUCUGUUCUGUUAGACAGGAGCAGCAGCGGCUGGCGCAGGGCUUCCUGCAGCAGCAGUUUACCCAGAAUGCCGAGCGGCUGCAGCUGCUGGAGACGGUCCGCCGGGCCGAGGACGGACUGAGCGGACGCAUCACGGCGUUGCUAGGCAACAACACCCGGCAGAGGAAGAGCUCGCAGUUCCUGAUGGAGAUGGAGGAGGACAGGAUUCGGAUGGAGCACCUGACGGCCAUCACGCAGGAGGAGGCCAGUUCGCUGAGGAAGAGGGACGUGGCAGUGGCCAUGCAGACGAUGCUAGCAGAUAGCUGCAGCAUGAUUCUGCUACAGGAAGCUAACGACGGCCGCCGCCAGAGCCUGAUGUCGGAAACCUACCGGAGCAUGGAGAACUUGGACAGGAAGUUCCACCAGAUGUUUUCCCUCCAAACGCUGGACAAGAACAAAGCUGUUGCUCAGAUUCUACAGGAGGAGCAGAUCCAGAAAACAGCGUUCCAGGCGCUGCAGGUGCAGAAAGACGCCGUUCACAGCAACAUCCGGACCCAGAUCAAGCUAAUAGAGGAAGAGCUAACGCAGCUGACUAAACUGGAGAUCAAGCGGCACAGUCUGGACGCCGAGAGCCUGGAGGAGGUGCUAACUAGCCAGCGCGCGGCGCUGAGCGAGCUACUGCAGCAGCUGAUGAAGGAGCGGGAGCAGCGCGAGACGGAGCUACGGCAGGUUCUGGUGGAGAUCGAGCUGAAGUCCGAGUGCAACCAGCAGAAUUAUUGGAUGAUCCAGUACCAGCGGCUCCUGGACGCCAAGCCGCUGUCGCUGCGCAUGCAGGAGGCCGGCGUGGAGAAGGAGCUGGUCCAUCUGCUGAGUCGUCUCUCGGCCCAGCACUUCCUGCCCGUCCUGGCGCAUCAUCGCGUUACCACGGCAACGCUGAGCCGCAUGACGGAGGCCGACCUGGAGCAGCUGGGAAUCGCUGAGUCAGGAAUCCAGAAGGCUCUGCUGGAUUGGAGCAGACAACGACACUCACCAGCAGGAACCUCCAAAAGCGUCCAGGACCAGGAAGCAGAAGCCCCGCCCCCCUCGGCCGCCGGCCCCGCCCCCUCGGCCCCAAGCCCCUCCCCCCCCGGGACGCCCGUCACCCCGUCGGCGCCGGCGCCCGUCGACGGCCCCGGCAGCUCGGAGUGCGUCGUCUGCAUGGAGACGACGGCUGGGACCGUGUUCCUGCCGUGCGGCCACGUCUGCUGCUGCCGGCUCUGCAGCGACGCGCUACAGAACUGCCCGCUGUGCCGCGCCGCUAUCGCGCAGCGCAUUCGCCUGUACCAGAGCUAAGCCCCGCCCCC